AAUAGACAGAUACAUUUGGGUUAACAUGUCUAUGUCCCUGUCACUAAUGCACAAAAAUGCUGACACAUACAAACAUACAUGUCCUUGAUUCCGAACACUUUCCACACACAUGUAAACAUACCUGCCCUUGGUGCUGAACAAACAUCCACACUCCCAAGCACACCUUUCCUACCUAAUGAUGUUCAUCUAAACACAUAAAGAAGCAUACUUACCCCUUCCUCCAUCAUUAAAACGAAAAAAAAAAUGUUCCCCGUUACUUUCCCCAUUGUUCACAAACCUAGAUUCCAUAUGGUCCUUUGUUUUUGUUACAAAGAUAAACGAUGGUCGUUCCAUUAUGACGAAAUUAUAAAGGAACCAUAGAAAUUGCCUUAUGAUGCAGUACAAUACCACAAAACAUCGCAUUAUGACAUCAAACAUAUCCAUGAACCAUUGCGCUCGAUCAUUGCGUUCUGGAAUAUGAGAAUGGAAUCUCCUGUAGCAACCAUGGACAAAACGGAUUUCUCACAACAGUUCUAACCACAACUGAGCAAAACUCUUGAAGAUGGGGCUUUCAUUAUCAAGACGGCAGCGCUUUCAGCGGCUUGUCAAAGCAGCUCGUGACGGUAAUGAUAUCGACUUCUUCCUCUUGCUCAAGAGUGAGGACUUCAUAACUCCGAAAUCUGCGUUCCUCCUGUCGGAGCUCUUGCAGCAAACAUACGGAGAUCUGUACAAGAAGCACGCCAAAGAUUUUCGCCACCUCCUCCUCUCAUUCAUCACUUACCAGACGCCCGUGGACUCUGCAACACUACUGAUGUACUUGAAGAUGUUCUUCACUCCGGAGUCGCUAAUGGUGUUACAGAGGAAAACAGAUCCACUGUUCCCGGCUAUACGGAUGUGUUCUUACAGUGGCAAAUGUAGAGUAGACAUGAUCUGUUCUCUGAUGCUGCUGAUUCAGCAUGGCGUCGGUGUGUCUGCGAGAACGAGAAACGGACAAACCGCCUUACACAUAGCGGCACUGUGCGACCUGACGGAGCUGGUGGACGCUCUUGUAGAGGCCGGUGUUCCCGUGGACGCCAGGGACGCCCGGGGGUGGACUCCGCUGCUCACAGCCGCCGCUGCGCGCCACAUCGUUUUCAUAGAGUUUCUACUGACGAACGGCGCUGACAUAAACGCCGUCACGCACCUGGGAAGCAGCCCCGAGCGAUCGGUCAGUGUGAAGUUGGGUUUCUGGUCGACUCUGGUGUGGACAAUCAACCAUGCUGACCGGCGUGGCAAAACGGCCCUACAUUACGCAGCACAAGAGGGGGAGUACUACCUAGUCAGUGCCCUCCUGUCGUACGGAGCCGACCCCGAUAUGCGGACCCGUGACACUGUUAGAGCGACGCCUUUGUACGUUUUCCUGGACAACAGAGAGAACAUGUUCAGUUGCAUGUGCCUCCUACGCCUACUGGAGAGCACUGCGUACUGGCGGGGACUGUACUCCAAGCAGGGCACCUUACCGUGCAUGCUGCAGGUAGACGACCAAAAUGUGUACAUGUACCAUCGCCUCUUCACUUCACUCAAGGAAGAGUUGAUCAGAGAAACCCACGUCCCGCCGACCCUGCAGAAACUGUGCGUGUACGCCGUGCGGAGCCAGGUCCGGAGGUGCGCAUCCCCGUGCUCGCCCUUCAUGGUGAACAACGUGGCGAGUCUACCUCUCCCCAUGGCCCUGAAACGGGAGGUAUGUCUUGACUCACGGGCCGAAGACUUGACACUCAGAUGGAUGAUGUCCUGCACGUCGGCCACGUUUGGCCAAGUGCUUCACCAGUAG